CAUAAGGGGCAAGAGGCCGGAGUGGGGCUGCAGUGCUAGCCCGGGGACUAGUAGACAUGCUUACGUUUUCUUUACGGCGCUUGGCACAGGUGCCCAAUAAAUUCUACUGAUUGGAUGCUAUGAGUUACUGCUCCUGGCAGAACACCUUAACCCCCGAAGUGUUCUCACUGAUUCAUAAUGCCCCUGCGGAGUUGCUGCCAUGUUCGCAGUCAGCACAGCCAAGCUUGGACACAGGCUGGAAACCAAGUCUGGACUGGACAGGAAAGUCUGGCAGAGGGUGACCCUGAGAUGUGGGACCUUGUACAGAAAGAGAAGGAUAGGCAAUGCCGAGGGCUGGAGAUGAUUGCCUCAGAGAAUUUCUGUAGCCGGGCAGCCUUGGAAGCCCUUGGUUCCUGCCUCAACAACAAGUAUUCUGAGGGCUACCCAGGGAAGAGAUAUUAUGGGGGUGCAGAGGUUGUGGACAAGAUUGAAUUACUGUGCCAGCAGCGGGCUUUGGAUGCCUUUGACUUGAAUCCAGAAAAAUGGGGAGUUAAUGUACAGCCAUAUUCAGGCUCUCCAGCCAACUUUGCAGCAUACACAGCUGUUCUACAGCCACACGAUCGCAUCAUGGGGCUAGACCUUCCUGAUGGAGGACAUCUGACCCACGGGUACAUGUCUGAUGUGAAGCGCAUUUCUGCUACAUCUAUAUACUUUGAAUCUAUGCCUUAUAAGUUAAAUCCAGCAACAGGGUUAAUUGAUUAUGAUCAGCUGGAGAUGACUGCUCGCCUCUUCCGACCAAAGCUUAUCAUUGCUGGAACCAGUGCCUAUGCACGGCUAAUUGACUAUGCCAGGAUGAGAAAGGUAUGUGAUGAAAUGAAAGCCUACCUUCUGGCUGAUAUGGCUCAUAUCAGUGGACUUGUAGCAGCUGGCGUGAUCCCAUCUCCCUUUGAACAUGCUGAUAUUGUCACCUCAACAACACACAAGACUUUGCGAGGGGCAAGGUCUGGGUUAAUAUUCUACCGAAAAGGUGUAAAAUCUGUGGAUAAGAAAACUGGAAAAGAUGUACUUUAUAACUUGGAAGACAAAGUCAACUUUUCAGUGUUUCCUUCGAUCCAAGGGGGGCCUCACAAUCAUGCAAUUGCAGCUGUUGCCGUGGCUUUAAAACAGGCCAGUUCUCCUAUGUUCCGUGAAUAUGCAGUGCAAGUCCUGAAGAACGCCAAAUCCAUGGCCGCCGCUCUGCUAAGCAAGGGUUACACACUGGUGUCAGGAGGGACAGAUAAUCACCUGGUUUUAGUAGACCUGAGACCCAAGGGCAUUGAUGGCGCAAGAGCAGAGAGGGUGCUGGAGCUUGUGUCAAUAACCGCAAACAAGAACACAUGCCCGGGGGACAAGAGCGCACUUACCCCAGGAGGGUUACGGCUAGGUGCCCCUGCGCUGACAUCUCGGAAUUUCAAGGAAGCCGACUUUGAAAAAGUGGUUCAUUUCAUUGAUGAAGGUAUCCGCAUCGGACUUGAUGUUAAGCGCAAAACAAACAAACUUCAAGACUUUAAGAACUUUCUUCUUGAGGACCACGAAACAGUUAAUCGGAUAGCAGACCUGCGUAAGCAAGUGGAGCAGUUUGCCCGUUCUUUUCCCAUGCCUGGAUUUGAUGAGCGUUGAAUAAAAUAAAAAGAUGAUUGAUGGUGUUAAGAACAACAAACCAUUCCACCCUAUUUCUUCCUGCGCUUCCUGUUGCCUCAUUGCAUUUUCUGUUAAUCCAGCCAAUUUCUUAUUGCAUUCUAUUCCUGCAUCAUAUAUUUAGUUGUCUCUUAUCUUUUCUUAUAACGGAGUGACCCAGGACCCUUUUCUACUUGGCAAACCUUCUCUCCAGCAGCAUCACUGCAUGAAGAACUAGGCAGCUAGAUUUGUUUCAUUGUCAUUUCCGUGGUGCAUUGGACUUCCAUAAUGAAAUCUCAAAACUCCAAAUCUGACAUUUCAGUGUGGGGUAAGGGGAUUCAUGCUGCAGCAGAGCAUAUUCAGGUAGACUCCAGAGACUGUUAGAGCAAUAAACAAAAACAUCAUGGUACAGUGA